UAUAAAAAUAAACUGUUUUGUGGCAUUAUUCUAUGUAUAUUGAUAAUAUGCAUUAACACUAAACCAUAUUUUGUAUCUUCGUUUAAAAAUUUCGGAAAAUAAAUGUAAAUUGAUUAAUUAUUGGCCUACGUCGUCUGCAGUCAGGCGUCCUUGGUUAUGUUCACCUUGACUAGUAAGACAUAGGUCAAGGCCGUUCAAUUGUAAUUUGCAAAGUCUGUUAAAAAUAUUCAAAACGGAUGUUUAGAAUUAAAUUUUUGUUUUGUAUGUCCUGGUGCAUUUUUAAACAGUCCAACUUGAUGUGGUUUUCAUUGCAAAAUUUGCAUGACAAUUUCACGUUGAUGCUGCACAAUGACAGUGUCAGUUAGCAUGGAUCAGCUGUUCUGUUUUUCAUGAUGGUACUGUUGGGGGACAGGUGACAUUAACAUGGAAUUUCACUCAAGGUUAAAUUAAACCAGAAAGUGAUCAGUUAUAUUUUGGCUCGGGACUGCCACUAGGGAAAAAACAGAAAAAUAUCAGUAGCAGUGAUUCCAGCAUCCUGAACAGUUUGCAUCUUUGGAUUUUACUGAUCAGUGAACUUAUUUUAUAACUAGGAGAAGCAACCAUUUUAGAUAUUGAUAAAUCAAAACAUUUUUGUAAAGAUAAAGUUUCCUUUUAACUAAAACUGUUAAAUUAAUAAAGAAUUUAUAAUUAGUGUGACCAACAUCGGCAAAAAGGAUUUAGAGGGUUACCAGUAUUUUGACAUACCUGUGUCAAUUCAAUAAUCAUGGCUUCUUGUCAAGUAAGAGUUUUGACAUUGAAUAAGGGUGAAAACCUUGAAACUACACUUUUUCGGCUUGAAAAAGAUUGGCAUUUACGUUUUGUAUUGGGUCCAUCUCUUCAUGCCAGCACAGUACGACUGUAUUGUAAUCAUCCUCCAAAGAAAGAAGUGCCAUUCGAGAGAACAACAUACUAUGAACUUGAAUGGAAGAGCUCCAGUGGCUCAAAAAGUGACAGUCAUGAUGUCUACACAGAAAUAUCCAUGGUUAUAGCUGGAUCAUUUAACUACUAUUUUACCAUAGAUAACAGUGGAGACAUUGAAAAUGCUGAUGGACAAGGUUACUUCUUGGUUGAUCCUACAUUAUCUGUUGGGGAGCAAGGCAAACAGUAUACUCUUGACUGUUUACAGUGCCAGUCUGUCAUAUCUAAAUGUCUUGGCCAUUUUGAUGACUGGGAAGGUAGAUUGUAUGUUUCCAAGGCAACUGGAUACAACCUCAUACACUUUACACCAAUCCAGGCACUCGGCAAAUCUAACUCGGCAUACUCCAUCAAAGACCAGCUUAAACUUAACCCAGUUUAUAUCAAAGAGGGGCAAAACUAUGAUUUCAAUAAUGUGGAAGGGCUGAUCAAAAAGAUGAAUAGAGAAUGGGAAGUUUUAUCCCUGACUGACUUGGUAUACAACCACACAGCUAACAACAGUGAGUGGCUACAAGAACACCCAGAGUGUGGGUAUAAUAUGGAGAACUCUCCACACUUAAAGCCAGCUUACCUUCUGGACAGAAUUUUACAUCACUUUAGUUUAGAGGUAGCUGAAGGAAAGUGGGCAAGUCAAGGCAUUCCACCAACUAUCAGUAAAGAAGCUGAUAUCCAGAAAAUAAGAGAGGUACUAUUGUAUGAGGUGCUCCCUGGUUUUAAAAUGCAUGAGUUUUACACAGUUAACAUUGAUGAUAUAAUGAAGAGAUUCAAACAUGGAAUUGAAGAAAAUAGAGUCAUAAAGACCGAUAGUAAAAAGUUAGAAUUGAUUCAAGAUCCCAGAUAUGAGAGAAAUGGUUGCAGGAUAGACAUGGAUGUGGCCCUGAAACUUUACAACACUGACAGGCCAGGUGCUAUAAAUAGAGAACAGAGAAUUAAGAAAUGUUGUGAGUUUUUGAAGGGAGAUUUGGACGCUAUAAACAAAGAGAGGCUGGAUGCAUUACAUGACCAUCUAAACACAGCUGUCAAUAACUUCAUGGCAAAUAUACGAUGGAGAUUCCUUAAUGAAGACGGUCCAAAGAUUAAACAGGUUACAGAGAGAGAACCGUUGAUGCAUGAUUACUUUAUAGUAUCAAAAAAGUACACAGGGUCUGUAGGGUCAGAGGAGACACACAUGAAUGGUGAUGGUGGCAAAUAUGUGUUUGCUUGUAAUGGUUGGGUGAUGGGAGAUGAUCCACUGAGAAACUUUGCUGAGUCAGGUUCUAAUAUAUAUCUGCGGAGAGAACUGGUUGGAUGGGGAGAUAGUGCUAAGUUAAGGUACGGUCAGAAACCUGAGGAUUGCCCAUAUUUGUGGCAAAGAAUGAAAGAAUACUCAGAAAUUACAGCUAGGAUCUUCCAUGGUGUACGGUUAGAUAAUUGUCAUAGUACACCUAUACAUGUUGCUGAGUAUAUGCUUGAUGCUGCACGGAAGAUUCGACCAGACUUGUAUGUUAUAGCAGAAUUGUUCACAGGAGGGGAACAUCUUGAUAACCUCUUCAUUAACAAACUGGGUAUCAACUCUUUGAUCAGAGAGGCAAUGAGUGCAGAAAAUAGUCACAAACUUGGUAGUUUGUUACACCGGUAUGGAGGCCAGCCAGUUGGAGCAUUUAUCCAGCCACGUAUGAAACCCCUGGUUAGAAGUAUGGCACAUGCAGUGUUUUAUGACCAGACUCACGAUAACCCAUCUCCAAUAAAGACAAAAUCAGCAUAUGAUAUGUUACCAACAGCCGCUCUUGUGUCUAUGGCAUGUUGUGCUACAGGAAGUAACAGAGGUUAUGAUCAAAUGAUACCUCAUCAUAUACAUGUAGUAAACGAGGAAAGAAAGUAUACAUCAUGGGCAGACUGGGAGUUUCCUGACAGACCAUACAUAAAUCAAACAUUUGGAAUCAGCCGGGCCAAAACUCUCCUGAAUAACUUACACUUUAUGAUGGGGGAUAGCAGUGUUGCAAAUGAUCUCAAAGAGAAACAUAAUUUCUCUCAGGUGUAUGUAGACCAGGUGGAUGAACAUACUGUAUCUGUGACUCGUCAUAAUCCAGUCACCCACGAGUCUAUUGUACUAAUAGCUCGUACAGCAUUUAGUAAACCUCAGGAGCCAGAGAAAACACCUUAUAUUAGACCUGUUACAUUACAAGGUAUGGUAGAGACUAUUUUAUUUGAGAUACAGACGUUACAUACGGAGGCUUAUGAGUACACUGAAGAUAGUGAUUAUAUUAAUGGUCUUCCUGAUUAUUACCUCAAACUACAGGAGAAUAUACCACCUAGUCUGAGCAAGAUGGUUCGAGUAAAUGUAACUGGUGAUGGAAUGUGCUCUUUGAUCAACUUUGAGACAUUUACCCCAGGAAGUGUGAUAGCUUUCAGGUGUGUGUUACCUCAACCAGCCCUGAAGGCAAUUUUGGAGAUAAGGAGAGGUCUUGGACAGUUUGGUUACUUAAUGAGAUCUUACAGUGGUCGGAAACUAUUUGAUGAAACUGUAGAUACAUCCAACUUCCGCUCUAUAGUGUCAGCCCUUACACUGAAUGAUCUAAAUGUGGCUUUGUUCCGAUGUAAACAGGAAGAGGAGGCUGACGGCAAUGGUUUUAGUGUGUAUAAUAUUCCAGGCUAUGGUGAUUUUAACUACUGUGGUCUCAGAGGUGUGACAACUGUAUUAGGUCAAGUGAGGUCUCAGAAUGAUCUAGGUCAUCCACUGUGUUGUAAUCUUAGAGAUGGUGACUGGUUACCCUCCUAUAUAGCUAAUAGAUUACUAGUUUAUCCAGGAACCAAGAAUUUAGGAGUUUGGUUCCAAAACUUGUUUCAACAUUUAGCAAAGGUACCUCGUUACUUAAUUCCAUCAUAUUUUGAUGCAAUCAUAACUGGAGCUUAUGUGAUACUUAGACAACAAGUAUUUGGUCUUAUGUCAGAUUUUGUGGCAGAUGGAUCAACGUUUAUCCAGGCUUUAGCAAUGGGUUCUGUGAUGUUUUGUGGGUAUGUUAAAAACUCUCGUCUACCAUUCCUGUCACCGGACCUUGAACCUCCUAAACCUCCUACUAUAAAAGUGGAAACAAAGGAUGGGUCGGAAGAAGAAGAGGCAUGCCUGUCAUUGGCUGCAGGGUUUCCUCAUUUUGCAAGUAGCUAUAUGCGAAACUGGGGCAGAGAUACGUUUAUUGCCCUGAGAGGUCUUCUGUUGUUGACAGGCAGAUAUCAGGAGGCAAGAUAUAUCAUCUUAGCUUAUGGUGGAUGUUUACGUCAUGGUUUGAUACCAAACUUGCUGAAUGAAGGCACUGGUGCACGGUUUAAUUGUCGAGAUGCUACAUGGUUCUGGUUACAGGCAAUACAGGAUUAUUGUAAGAUAGUACCAGAUGGAAAAUCUAUAUUAAAAGAUAAAGUUUCAAGAUUAUAUCCCGAGGAUGAUUCAGAGGCUCAGAAACCUGGCAAAUAUGAUCAGCCAUUAUUUGAGGUAAUGCAGGAGGCAGUACAACGACAUGCUGUAGGUCCUAACUUUAGAGAGAGAAAUGCUGGACACAAGAUUGAUAGUGAAAUGACAACGCAAGGUACAAAACGUAAAAUACGUGGCUUUAACCUUGAGAUUGGUGUGAAGUGGGAGACAGGGUUUGUAUAUGGUGGCAAUGAACAUAAUUGUGGAACUUGGAUGGACAAAAUGGGAAGUUCACAAAAAGCAGGAAUUAAAGGAAAACCUGCUACGCCAAGAGAUGGUUCUGCAGUGGAAUUGAUAGGCCUGUCAGCCUCAUGUUUGCUAUGGCUACAUAAUCUGAAUGAGGAAGGAGUAUAUCCUUAUAGUGGUGUAAAACUGGUUAAACAUGGAAGUGAAGAGUUGAUGACAUUUAAAGCCUGGCAUGAACUGCUGUGUGCUAACUUUGAGCGGUGUUUCUGGGUGAACACUGAGCCAGAUCCUGCAGAAGAGGCCCCAGAGUUGAUAUUCAGACGUGGAAUAUACAAAGAUACUUACAAUGCCACACAGUUCUGGACAAAUACACAACUUAGACCUAACUAUCCUAUCUCAAUGGUUGUGGCACCUGAAUUGUUUACACCAGAGAGAGCUUGGACUGCCUUGCAGACUGCGCAAGAUAAUUUACUUGGCCCACUUGGAAUGAAAACAUUAGAUCCAAGUGACUGGAGCUAUGUACCAUUCUAUGACAAUGCAAAUGAUUCAGAGGAUGCUAAGAUUGCCAAAGGAUUUAGUUAUCAUCAAGGACCAGAAUGGGUAUGGCCCAUUGGAUAUUUCCUUAGAGCAAAGUUAAUUUUUGCUAGGAAAUUAGAAUCAUCAAGGCCAGGAAUUCUACGAGAGACUGUAAUGUUUAUAAGGAGUACAUUGACACGUCACUAUGAAGAGGUGAUGAAAUCUAGCUGGAGAUCCUUACCGGAACUCACGAAUCACAACGCAGAGCCCAACAAGUUUUGUUGUCCUGCUCAGGCAUGGAGUGUGUCCUGUGUGUUAGAUGUUCUCUAUGACCUUGAGAAACUUGAUACAGAUGUUACAAUUCAACCUAGCAAGUCUACAGAAAAUCUUGUUGUUGCUCCUGUAUAAACUGAUCAAAAUAAAGUGUAAAACACACAAUGUUUCACUUACAUGAAAAUGCUACAACAAUUAAAGAAAAGACGAAACAAACUUCUAAACACUACUCAGAAUAUGGUAUUGUAAGGUAAAAAAUUGUGGAAUAUAAUGACUUAAAUAAGAAUAUUUGUAUGUGUUCAUUACAAAGCUAAAUUUCAUAUUUGCACAUUGGAAGGAACUCCACAUAGUCAAGGGCAUUUGAUAUAGAAGUGGUGAGAUUUAUUCCUUUAAACAUCAUAUUUAGUUUCCAUUUGAUAGAAAUUUUAGUUUUAUUUACAUAAUAAUUAGUACCUAUGUAGCAGUAGUUUAGUUAGAUGAUUUAAUUAAUUGGUUCCAGUUUUAUUCUACAUCAUUUUUGGUAUCCAUUAGAACAAAAAACUCAUGUAAACAGGUUAUAGAAUCAGAUGUUUAUAUACCUGGUGUUGUGUCAUAUUUACAUGUGAUCAUUAAAAGUUACCUUUAUAUAAAGGUAAAAAUUUCCAAGUUCUGUAAAAUAUGUGUAGAUCUCUGUGUAACACUGUGGUUAUGAAUAUGUUUGAAAGUGGGAAUGUAAAUUUUGACUGAAAGCUUGUGAAAGUGAAAUCCUAAUAGAACAGAGGUUGAUGAAUCAAAUGUUUUAAUCAGUAUUAACAUGUAUAGUAAAUGUGUUUGAUGCAAAUAUAUGUUGUCAUUGUUGUGCUACAUGUUUACAAAUGAUGAAUUUUUAUGGAUUUGUUUUAUUAGCAAAUGCAUGUAUUUUAUUUGUACUAGAAAUUAUUUGUUUGUUUUUUUGCUAAAAUCGGCACCAUAUCAUCUAAAUUGUUUUGGUGCGCUGUUAAACCAAACAAGAAAAAAAAAAAUAUUGAAUUGAUUUUUAGUGAGUGAUUAUAGAUAUUCAAGACAAUGUUGAUGCUUGCUUAAGUAUGCUACUUAUAAUUGUUUCUUUAUGCUGAAAAUUGUUCAUUUGUCAAGUUACAAAUAAUCAUAAAACUGGUAAGGUGUAAAUUUGGUCAGGUUAAUACUGUGCAACCAUUCAUUGGUUGUUUGAAUCUAUGUCACCAAAGAUAUGAAUCACCUUUGUAAAUUCUAGUCAUUAUGAUUUUCUUGCAACAUUUGAUUUUGUUUUGUGCCAGUAAAUUAAUUGAUAGACUUUUUUACCACUUGCCCAUCUCUGUUGUGGGUUUAAAUCCCGCCUGGGGCUCUGAAUUCUUUCAUGUGAAAAAGCUAUCCAGCGAGUUUACAGUAUGUUAGUGGUUCUUCUCUGGUGCCAGCUUCUGUCUAAAAUAAUACAUCAAGUGACACCUGAAAUCUUUUACCACCAGUAGAGCUGGAAAGUUGUCAGAUGACCUUGAUUUGUCAGUGUGAUUAAAACCUAACACAAUAAUAAUAUUGUAGACAUAAGAAAAUAGAAAGCAGUUUAUUUUGAUAAAGCUUACUGAACAAAACUCACAAACCUCAGGUUUAUUGUUUGUUAUGAAUAUACAUAUUUUUUAGACAAUUUUAUAUGGCCAAACACAAUUGACUUUAAGCUUUAAUUAAAUAUGCUGUUUAGCCAUAGGAAAAGACAAUUUAUACAUAGCUAUUAAAUCUGAUAUGUAAUACUGAACAUCUGCUUUACCGAAUUAUUUAAAGCAGCAGUGUGUAUAAAUGAUAUAAAUUUCAUGACUCACUGUCCAAUGAAAGUCUAUGUUACAAACUUGCUGUAUUAUUAUAUGAGCUGCGUCAUGACGUAGAGAAACUGAUAGCGAACAGCAUGGAUCCUGAUCAGACUGUGUGGAUGCGCAGGCUGGUCUGGAUCCAUGCUGAUCGCAAACCCAUUAUGUUGGUUUUGUCAUGACGCGGCUCAUAUGUAUUGUCUAUUCAUGGGUGUAUUCACUGCAAUGUGAUACAAUAUAAAAGAUACAAAGCCACUAGUAAAGCUCAUCAGUCUCAUUGAUAAUCACAAGUUUCCACUGAUUUUACCAAGUUUUGCAACAUUUAUUCAAGAUUAUACAUCAGUAUUUUCUGUGUUGAAACUAUUGUUUUUGUCAGAUGUCACAAUAUUAUGAUGCUAGUAUUAAACAAGGCAGCAACCCACUUUACAUACCGGUAAUGCCCAUUUUACCUCAAAGUGUAAUACAUGCUUUACUCUUUCUCAUGAUUCCAUUCAUAUAACAAGAAACCUUUGCCAUUCCACUUGCUUGUCUGCUUGAAAGUCUAAUAAAUGUCAUUGUUGGUGUUUUUGAUGCCCCUAAAACGCACUGUCUUAAGCGUCACAAUAUUGGUGUCCAGAUUGUAACUUUGUAAUGCAUUAAAAGAUUUUAUAAUAACUUUGCAAAAAUGUCUACUACAUCAUGAUAAUGUGUCACUUCAUCAUAAUGAUGUGUCCCAUAUAAGACCUAUGUCCCUACCUCAAAGGUCAAGGUCACACAGUCUGAAGGUUCACAUUCUUUAAAGGCAUACACAUUUGUGUCCAGACUGUAACUUUGGAGGGAUUUUUCAAUAAUGUAGCAUAUAUGUCUACCACAUCAAGACAACAUGUCACAUUCACGAUCCAUGUCCCUACCUCUAAGGUCAAGGUAGUUAGUUUGUUAUGAAUAGUACUUCAUUUUACAAGAGCAAUAUUAAGCAAUUAGUGACUUUUAUUCUCUUUUCUUUUCAUGAUACCUUUCUGCAAUACUUAUGAAAUCUUUUUGGGGGCAUUUGUCACUUUUGCGUGACAGCUUUUGUUGUCUUUGCUCUCUGUGGCUAUUGAUUAUUAUUUUCAUUGACUUAAUUAGUUUGUGAUACAUAAAGCUUUUUUUCAUAAUUAUUUUAAACAAGUAACUAUGACUGUUACUAACUUGAAUAGCAUAAAAGUGCUACAUUAUUUCAUUGUGCUCUUGCUACAGUUACACUGAGAUUAAUGAUAUUUUUACUGAAUAUUACUAUCUGUUAUGUGAUAUAUCAAUGCUAUAUAUUAUGUUCUAUUUUUAACACUUUUUCUCUUUACAUAAUUUUGUUAAUUGUUGUUGUGUUUAUGUCAUGCUUUAUUAAUAUAUUCAUCACAUGUUCUGCUAGUUGUUUUCCACAAAAUGUGUGCCAGUAUUUUACAUUGUUGAGCUCUAUCCUGAUGAAAUGUUUGGUGCUUAAGGACAGAAAGAAUUAGGCAAUGGUUUUUAGCUUGACUAUUUGAAGGGAGAGUUAUUGUUAAUUAUUGUGUCUAUGUAACACUGAUUAAGUUUUUGCAUGUAAGUUGGAAUCUCCAAAACUACUAGAGGGAAUGGGUUGAAACUUCACACACUUACAUUAGAGCAUAAUAGGAGGUCACAUUACAAGGCCCAUAACUGUUACGUGAAUUUUGAUAGAAUUAUGGCCCUUUUUAUGCCCCCACAUAGUGGGAGCAUAUAGUGUUGCACUUGUCCGUCCGUCCGUCCGUCUGUCCGUACAAACCAGAGCUACAUUAUGGGGUUUGGUCUAUUGAACUCAUAACAAUAGAUGUCUUUGAUGUCAUUCAUUCCGUUUCUCUUGUGGGGUUAUUUUCUGCAUUGUGGGGUUAAAAAGAACAAAAGAAAUAACAAAAGAAAACCCCAUAAUGUAGCUCUGGUAAGAACGUCCAUACGUCCCGAAAUCUUGUGAACGCAACUCCUCUUAAACCGGAUGGCAGAUUUUGCUUAAACUUCCAGGGAUGAACAACCUUAAUGUGUAAAUGGUAGUAAAGGAAGGAAUUUUUGCUGUGACCAAGUUUAACAGAAUUAUGGCCCUUUGUUGAUAUUUUCACUAUAUACUAUGUAGAAAUUUUGUGAACGCAACUCCUCUUAAACCGGAUGGCAGAUUUUGCUUAAACUUCCAGGGAUGAACAACCUUAAUGUGUAGAUGGUUGUAAAGGAAGGAAUUUUUGCUGCGACCAAAUUUAACAGAAUUAUGGCCCUUUGUUGAUUUUUUCACUAUAUACUAUGUAGAAAUUUUGUGAACGCAACUCCUCUUAAACCCGAUGGCAGAUUUUGCUUAAACUUUCAGGGAUGAACAACCUUAAUGUGCAGAUGGUAGUAAAGAAAGGAAUUUUUGCUGCGACCAAAUUUAACAGAAUUAUGGCCCUUUGUUGAUUUUUUCACUAUAUACUAUGUUGAAAUUUUGUGAACGCAACUCCUCUUAAACCGGAUGGCAGAUUUUGCUUACAGUUCCAGGCAUGAACAACCUUAAUGUGCAGAUGGUAGUAAAGGAAGUAAUUGUUGCUGCGACCAAAUUUAACAGAAUUAUGGCCCUUUGUUGAUUUUUAGUUUUCAACUUGUGGCACAUGUAGUCCAAAAAAUACUUGACCUAGAGUCAUUAGAUUGACAGAACAGUGGCAUGUGGGGGCAUCCGUGUCCUAUGGACACAUUUCUAGUUGAACUUAGAAAAGUGAAUUUUGAUAGAGUUAUGGCCCUUUUUGAACUUAAAAAAUUCUACAUUAUCCAGGCUCUUGUUUAACUAUCAAACAUCGAGAAUAGUCAAGCAUUCUGUCCUAAUGUGAGCUCUUGUUAAUGUGUGUUAUACAUUUUGUUAUAUAUGUGAUAUGUUUAUGUAUAUGCUUCUCUAUUAAAAAAAAAAGCGGAUUGUCAAAUUUUCUUGUGUGGGUUUGCCAAACGAUAUUUUCUUUUCCAUUUAUCCGUUCAAUGUUAAUUAUCACAAACUUUUGGGUGUACUUAUUUUUACUUUGUUUAUAUGUAGGGUAUUACUACAGAUUUGAAAGCAGUCGUCUAGGCAGUUUUUAAAUAAUGUGUCUGACUAUUGAGUGAAGUAACACACGUUUGGAUAAUAUUGCUACAACAGUUUUCAAAUAACCAACUUUUAUAACAUGUGUUUUUUUGGUUUGUUUGAUUUUGUUGGGUUUUUAAAUAUUGACCAAUUUUGUGUUACAUUUUAUUUUGGUAAAACAGAUGCUUUGUAAAUAUGGAAUUAGGAUUUUUUUUUUGAUAGUUUGGUGUUAUAAUAUUCAUCAUCACAGAAUGGUGCUAAAGGCAAGUUAAUGAGUAAUGUUUAAAUAGUCAGGUAUUUAGUAAAGAAUAUGAGCUUGAAGGGGCAUUAUACAUUUUUAUUAAAAGAAAGUUUUAUUAUAAGAAUGAAGAUGUUUAUGAUGAUGGUAAUAAUGAUGAUGUAUUGGUUAUUUUUAUUUAGAUAUUGUUUAUGUUGCCUGAUGAUUAAAUGAAACGUAAUUGUUUUGCCGAGAACUUAACAGUCAAUAUUCCAUUUAGACUAUAUGUGCUAAUAUUGGUGCAUUAUGUGUUUUAAUCAUUUGUUGAAUAUUGCUAUUUUAAUUAGGUAAUUAGGUUUUGCUACUCAGAAAGUAUUAAAUAAAAAAAGAAUAUUGAA